AGCAAGGAAACUAAUAGAAUUAAUCUCUGACAUAAUUGUUUGAACAACAGUUUAAAAUAAUACUUAUACUAAACUUCAAAGAACAAAUGAAGUAAUUAACUAGAAUGUACAACUAGAAUUUAAAUUAUAAUAAUUGUAAAAAAUAUGAAGAAAAGCAUAUUCAAUUUAAUAAUUUAUAUGUUAUUAUGUAUCUUAAAAUACUAGAGAAGACAGAAAAAUCCCUCAAAUAUGUUGUAAUAUCUCUGAUAUGCAUAAAAGUUUUAUGAGCAAGAGACAAUUUAAAGUUUAUCUAGAUUGCUAUAUGUAACCGCUAAACAUUUAGCAAAUCCAAACAAGGAAGAUAUUUCAAUUGUCAUACAAGGUUUUCUAACUAGUUUGGCCCUCCGAAUAGUUACUAGCUUAACUGAUAAACAAGAAAGGGCCAAAUUACAAAAGUACCAAAACACAUUAAAAUGCAUACUAUCAAGUGUCUAUUUUGUGGAAUGAUCUGUUCAAAACAAUUGUCAAAAGCUCAUAUAUUAUUACAUACUGGCGAGCAUCCCUUUAAAUGUUUAGUCUGCGAAAAGACCUUUGCCCAAAUACAUCAAAUAAAGAGUCACUUGUUAAAUCACUCUGGGAAGGGUCCUUACAAAUGUACUACAUGUGGAAAAUCCUUUGCAUCCAAAAGCUAUAUGAAGAUACACUCAUUGGUCCAUUCAGUAGAGAGACCUUAUAAGUGUUCUAUAUGUGGGAAAUCCUUUGCGGCCAAAAUGUAUUUAAAGAAUCAUACAUUAAUUCAUACUGGAGAAGAGAGACCUUUUAAUUGCAAUACAUGCGGAAAAUCCUUUAAAUUGAAAAGUAAUAUGAUACAUCACACAAAGAGACAUUCAGGUGAGAGACCUUAUAAAUGCAAUAUUUGUGAAAAUACUUUUCUGACCAAGAAUGAGAUGAAGCUUCAUACAAGGGGUCAUACUGGAGAGAGACCUUUUAAGUGUUCUACAUGUGAAAAAUAUUUUGUGACAAAAAACGUUUUGAAGAAACAUCACACAAUGGUCCAUACUAAAGAGAGACCUUAUAAGUGUUCCACAUGUGAAAAAUCUUUUGCAAGGAUAGACAUUUUGAGGGGUCACCACAAAAGGGUUCAUACUAGAGAGAGACCUUAUAACUGUUCUUUAUGUGAAAAAACUUUUGCAACAAAAAGUGAUUUGACGGGUCACAUAUCUAUGUAUCACAAAAGGGUUCAUACUGGAGAAAUGAGACCUUAUAAGUGUUCUAUAUGUGAAAAGAGUUUUGCAAGGAAAGACGUUUUGAAGGGUCAUCUUACAAGGGGCCAUACUAGAGAGAAACCUUAUAAGUGCUCCACAUGUGAAAAAUAUUUUGUGACAAAAGAGUAUUUGAAGUUACAUCACUCAAGGGUUCAUACUGGAGAGAGACCUUAUAAGUGCUCUACAUGUGAAAAAUCUUUUGCAGCAAAAAAAACUUUGGAGGAACAUUACACAAGGAUUCAUACUGGAGAGAGACCAUAUAUGUGCUCUACAUGUGAAAAAUCUUUUGCGACAAAAGAUGAUUUGAGGGCUCACAUAGGGGUUCAUACUAGAGGGAAGAGACCUUAUAAGUGUUCUAUAUGUGAAAAGAGUUUUGCAAGGAUAGACGGUUUGAAGGGUCAUCUAAGGGUUCAUGCUGGAGAGAGACCUUAUAAGUGCUCUACAUGUGAAAAAUCUUUUGCAACAAAACUAGCUUUGAAGGUUCAUCACUCAAGGGUUCAUACUGGAGAGAGACCUUAUAAGUGUUCUACAUGUGAAAAAUCUUUUGCAGCAAAACAAACUUUGGAGGAACAUCACACAAGGAUUCAUACUGGAGAGAGACCUUAUAAGUGCUCUACAUGUGAAAAAUCUUUUGCGACGAAAGAUGAUUUGACACGUCACAUAAGGGUUCAUACUGGAGGGAAGAGACAUAAAUGCUCUACAUGUGAAAAAUCUUUUGCAGCAAAACUAACUUUGAAGGAUCAUCACACAAGGGUUCAUACUGGAGAGAGACCAUAUAAGUGCUCUUCAUGUGAAAAAUCUUUGGCAACAAAAGAUGAUUUGAGAAGUCACAUAAGGGUUCAUACUGGAGGGAAGAGACAUUAUAAAUGUUCUAUAUGUGAACAGAUUUUUACAACCAAAGGCGCUUUGAAGGUUCAUUACACAAUGGUUCAUACUAUGGAGAAAAUAAGAACAAGAAUCUGAAUAUUACCUUAUAAUCUGAAUUUUGAUCUUUUAUAAUCUGAAUGUUACCUUAUAAGUUCUCUACAUGUGGAAAAACUUUUGCAACAAAAGAUUAUUUGAGGGGUCAUCACACAAGGGUUCAUGCUGGAGCGAGACCUUAUAAGGCACACUUCCACACUCUUGAUUCUUUUUAUUUGAUGCAAUGAAAUACUUAACAAUAUUAGUUCAUUUGUUUCCUUGAUAAAAUGUUGUUAAGAUGAAAUGCUAGGUCAAGGUUAUGACAUGUUUUUACAAAUAGCAGUGAUUUAUCUUGAACUGUUUAUUUCUUAGUUGUAUUCUUCUGCUUUUGGCAAAUUCCCCUUUUAAGGAAAGAAGAUGUUGGUAGAUGGCAAGGUAACAGUAAGACCUGAUGGUUCAGAUUAAAUUUUUUUAUUGACCCCAGAGAGAACACACACUGUAUUGUUAAACUGUCAGGUUUUUGUAUAUAUAGAUGUAUGGACGAGGUUCUUAGUUUAGCCUAAAAAACAACCAGAUAAUAUAUAUAAAAUUUCUGUUUGUCAAAAAAGUUUUUGAACCAAAAUUAACAUAUUGUUUUUUAACAAUACGCUAAAAUUGUCAUAUUUUUUGGCAGAUUAAUAUUAU